AUGGGAAAACGUAAUUCUCGUAGUAAAGCUGCUGCAAUGUUUGAUAGCGAUGAUGAUAGUAGCGUGACUUCAUCAUCAACUGCUCGAUCUGAUCUCAUGUCUGUGUCUGGUACCGAAGAUGUUCAAUUUGAUCAAGAUUCUCUACUUGAUCAAGCUCUUGAUGCUUUAGAUGAAAAAAGGGGUUCCACGAGGGAAAACGCUUUUUCAACCAUAAUUGAUGCUUUUAAGAGCAAUAUGCAACAUCAGUUUGUCGAAAAAAAAUUUGCUACUUUAUUGCAUCAGUGUCUUGCUUCAAUAAAAAAAGGUUCUAAGAAGGCGUCUGCCAAGGAGAUAACUCUGGCAUCUCAUGCCAUUGGUUGUCUGGCCUUGACAGUUGGAUGCAGUGAUAAUGCACGUGAGAUUUUUGAAGAUUCUGUUAGUCCUUUGGAUGAAUCACUUGCUAGAAGUAUAGAUGUUAUGAAGGCGCCAUCGUUGCUGGAUUGCUUGGCUAUAAUCACCUUUGUUGGAGGGAAUGCUCAAGAAGAAACAGAGCGAUCAAUGGACAUAAUGUGGCGUGUAAUCCAUCCCAAAUUAGGUUCCAAUGUAGUUGCAGUCAAACCUUCUGCUCAAUUAAUAACUGCCGUGGUGUCUGCAUGGUCUUUUCUCCUCUCUACCGUGGGCAAUUUGAAGCUGAAUUCAAAAAAUUGGCAAAAUUCAAUAUCUUAUUUAUCUAGUCUUCUAGAUAAAGAAGAUAGGUCAGUAAGAAUUGCUGCUGGUGAAGCACUGGCUCUAAUUUUUGAAAUUGGAGCUAUAGAUAAAUUUAAUGCAAGUGAUGCAAUUCAAGAAGAGAGUAAGCCCCAGGAAAGUUACAUAUUUUUACAAGGAUUAAAAGGAAAAGUGAUAAAUCAAUGCAAAAAUCUUUCUGUGGAAGCUGGUGGAAAAGGUUCUGCUAAGAAAGAUCUUAAUAAUCAGAGGAACCUGUUCAAGGAUAUCUUGGAUUUUUUUGAGGAUGGUUACGCCCCUGAAAUUUCAAUGAAGAUUGGUGGUGAUUCUCUACAGACAUCGUCCUGGUCCCAAAUGAUACAGCUAAAUUUCAUCAAGCACUUCCUUGGAGGAGGAUUCAUUAAGCAUAUGCAGGACAAUGAAUUCCUACAUGAUGUCUUUGGUUUCACACCCAAGAAAAAGCUUAACAACGGGGAACACAGAAUGUCUGGUGGUGAAAAGAGAAUGUUCAAGUCACCCAAUUCUGUUUUGAACAAGGCUAGGACCCAAUUGCUUAAUAAGCAGCGGGAAUUAUCCGAGGGCAGGAACUUCGGGCAUUAUGCAGUCAGUAUGGUUGAUGAUGAGACAUGA